AUGGCAGAAAGCUUCUUUUUGCCUUCUCCUUACUUCAGAGCUUUGGAAAAUGCUCGGAGUUGGGUUUCUGCAGUGGACUGGAAGCAGCAAGAGUCCGAAGUGCGGGAGCUGCUUUCGCGGAUUCGCCAGAAGCUGACGAAGCUGCAAAUGUGGCAGAGCCACGGCGAAGCGCUGGGGGCCCCCCAGGGGCCCCCCAAGCGCAGGUGCAGCAGCUGCUGCAGCAGUUCCCCCUCAGAAUGUGGGGAAGCAGCAGCAGCAGCAGAAGCAGCAGCAGCAGAAGCAGCAGCAGCAGAAGAAUGGGCCCCUGAAGAGCCUCACAGGCAGACUCCUGGGGCCCUAGAAGAUUCUCAAAGCCACUUACACAACAUGUACAGCGACCCCGAAGCUAGCCAAUGCUCGAGUACCGCAUCCGAGCUGUAUGUCGCCCUUGAUCAGCAGCAGCAGCAGCAGCAGCAGCAGCAGCAGCAGCAGCAGCAGCACCAGCAGCAGCAGCAGCAGCAGCAGCAGUGGGCCCUCCGCUCCAUGGUCAGUGUGACGUCUGCGCGGACUCACGAGCCCUGCAGCAGUCCACAAGAACGCACCCAGCGACGCCUCUUAGUCCCAAUCUGUCGUCCCUCUGCUGGCAUUCGAAUUGCUUCGACGACUGGACUCAGACCGAACGCGGCGGGAGUGGGGACUGUGGAAAGAUAUCUUUGCUGCCUUUCGCUAAUUGCGGAAAGCCACCUCGAGACUUCUGCGGAGCUGCGCAUUGGAAAGCUGCGCAAACGAAUUCUGCGUCCUUGA